ACCACCUUUCCCCUUCCCUAUAUAAAUCACGUCACAUGUUGCCCUUAAUUUCUUGCAUGUCCUCAUUUCCAUUCCAAACUCUUCUCCAGCAAAAACUAUACCUCCUCCUUUUCUCUUUGUUCCAAAAUGAUGCCCCCCGCCGACCACGAAAUGACCCUUAACCCCGCCGGCAAUGUUGGUCCGAUCUCCGCUAACAACAUCACCCGUCCAACCGGCCGGUCCGAUCCUGUCUUGGUCCAUGCCGAACCGCUCCCCAACCCAUCUAGCAACCACAUUCAACAACAAACCAACUCCUUACGAGAUCCCGACCAAACACAACCAAACAAACCAACCACCUUUGCCGCACUGCAUCAAUUCUUACGUCCUGUAACAGUUAAGUUUGAAGAUGUUGCAUAUAGUAUCAGCUUGCCGUCGAAAUCCACCUCGAUCAGUACUUGCUUACUCGAUAAAACCAAACCGGAACCGGUCCGACCGAUCCUCAACGGUGUAACCGGCACGGUCCGACCGGGCGAGCUGCUCGCAAUGCUCGGCCCGUCGGGCAGCGGGAAGACGACCCUUCUGACCGCUCUCGCCGGACGGCUCCCGGGAAAAAUUUCCGGCGGGACCAUAACCUACAACGCCUCCCCCUUCUCCAGCUCGAUGAAGCGUCGGACCGGGUUCGUAACCCAGGACGACGUCCUGUACCCGCACCUCACCGUGCUCGAGACGCUGACGUACGCCGCCCUGCUCCGGUUGCCGAAAACCCUGACUAGGGAGGAGAAGGCGGCGCAGGCGGAGGCCGUGGCGGCGGAGCUCGGGCUGGACCGCUGCCGGGACACGAUGGUUGGUCGGGUUUCGGGCGGGGAGAGGAAGCGGGUGAGUAUCGGUCAGGAAAUGCUGGUCAACCCGAGUCUGUUGUUGCUAGAUGAGCCCACUUCUGGGCUGGACUCGACGACGGCCCAGCGCAUCAUGUGGGCUUUAAAGGCCCAGGCCCGCGGCGGGCGGACGGUGGUCACCACGAUCCACCAGCCGUCGAGCAGGAUGUACGGGAUGUUUGACAAGGUCGUGGUGCUGUGCGACGGGUGGUCGAUCUACAGCGGGCGGGCGGAUCGGGUCGCAGAGUACUUCGGGUCGGUCGGGUUUGGCCCGGGGUUUGGGAACCCGGCUGAUUUCCUUCUCGAUCUUGCCAAUGGUAUAGUUCCUGACGCGAAGCAGGACGAUUCAUCAGAGUUUCACCACAUGCCACCAGACCACCACGAAGAUCAGAACAAGAUCAAACAAUCUCUGGUUUCGUCUUACAGGAAGAAUUUGUACCCUGCACUGAAAUCCGAAACCCGCUCCACUUCUCAGGAUUCCGCUCUGUUUCCAGCCUCAGGGGCACCAUCACCAAGAACUAGGGCCGAUGAGUAUCAAUGGACGGCGACCUGGUUGCAGCAGUUUCAGGUCUUGUUCAGAAGAGGACUACAAGAAAGGAAACACGAAUCGUACUCCGGGCUAAGGAUCUUCCAAGUCAUGUCUGUUUCACUACUCUCAGGCCUCCUGUGGUGGCACUCUGACACCUCACAUAUACAAGAUCAGGUGGGACUCCUCUUCUUCUUCUCAAUCUUCUGGGGAUUCUUCCCAAUGUUCAACGCCAUAUUCACAUUCCCACAAGAGCGACCGAUGCUAGUGAAGGAACGUUCUUCAGGAAUGUACCGACUUUCCUCCUACUACUUCGCCAGGAUGGCAGGGGACCUGCCCAUGGAGCUUGUCCUGCCUACCCUUUUCGUCGCAGUAACGUACUGGAUGGGAGGCCUGAAGCCAUCGCUGCUCGCAUUCGUCCUGACCCUCUUCGUAAUCCUGCUCAACGUGCUGGUUUCGCAAGGUUUAGGGCUGGCGAUCGGAGCGAUUGUGAUGGAAGUCAAGCAGGCGACGGUACUGUCAUCCGUGAUGAUGCUGGUGUUUCUGCUGGCGGGAGGGUACUACAUUCAGCACAUCCCGCCUUUCGUUUCGUGGAUCAAGUACGUCUCGUUCAGCCAUUACUGUUACAAGCUGAUGGUGAGGGUUCAGUAUUCGGCGGACGAGGUGUAUGAAUGUGAGCCUGGAGCAGGGAGGUAUUGUAGAGUGAUGGAGUUUGAUGCAAUUAGGUGUCUUGAAUUGGGUGAUCAUGUGUGGUGGGAUGUGGCUGCUUUGGGGGUAAUGUUGGUAGGGUACAGAGUUCUGGCUUAUGUUGCUCUGAGGAUGAGGUAGCCUGAAUGAUGAGAAUUAAGCAAAGGGUAUGUGAAAUUGUGAUUGUGAUUGAUUCAUGUGAUGUAUGGUUCUUUAAUUUUGUAGAGAAGUUGGAAGAAAGUAGUGGUGUUGAAGAAGAUUUGAUUAGAAAUUGUGUUGUGUUGUUCAAUGGAAACAUGUAACUUAUGCUAAUUGUAAUUGUGAUUCUUGAUACGUAAAACGAAACUAUAACUAAUUGGCUGUAUAAUCAUAUCGAACACUUGAGUCAUUAUAUUAAAAUUAGUACAAUGAAAUAGCACAUUGUACCGAUUUUAUUGCUAAUCGGGGGCAUGUUGCACCAUUGGGGUUACAUAUGUUUUCUGCUGCCGAUCCUAUAUUUUGCAACUGGCUUUUGUACGAUGUUAAGGGCUCUCUGAGUCCCGGGUGGUUUUGAAUGAAAGGUAGGGUGCGAAUGCAUUUAUUUGAUAAAAAAAAAAUCGGUACAAUGAAGACGAAUAUGGCAGUUGAUACGAGAGGUUCUUACUUGGUUGUUCUCUGGCAGCACUAUUGGUUGGCAGAAAAAUUCUCAACUGGACCCUAGGACAAAUGUUCCAAGCUGUCUUAGGGCAGUCACCUCAAAAUAGGAAUGAUAAUUGAAUCUAAACCCACAGGUACUUAAUUCGACUCAACCAGAUCAAAGCGGGUAAAACUUAGUGUUGACGGGUUUUAGGUCGGGUGUGGGUUUUACCCGCUUAUGAAAUUGUUGAUUAGGUCAAGGUAUGCGGUACCCAAUAUUUCACUCUGGGUACCGUAGAAUUCUCGUAAAUGUUAGUAGUAUUUAUGAAACUUAUUAUUUUAGAAUUUUUUUGAAAACAUUACGAUAUGAGCAUUUGAAGAAAUAAUAUAUGACUAUGUUCGUUAAACUUUGGGUAUUCAUGCACCCGCGAGUACCCAAUGGAUUGGAUUUCCACUUUUAAAAUACAACGAAUAUUUUACCCGAGCUUUUCAUAUGAGUGCGCCCAUUGACUUAUACUUGGAUUUUGACAAACCCAACCCAACCCGACCUAUUAUUAUCCCUACAUCAAACUUCUCAGACUUAACUUUGGUCGAGGCUUCUAAAUGGGUCUUGGGCCUUACCAAGCCCAUCAAACUCUAUGGGCCUCUACCGUCUUGAGUCUUGCCCCUCUAUCAUUUCCCAAUAAUCACGGGCAUUGUUAUUCGUCGCCCUAAAAUGUCUUGUUCGUCGCCCUAACUUUUACCAAAAUGACUCAAAUAUCCUUAGUGCAAUAUGUGUUACAAACCCAGCCAGCUAUACAUACGCGGUCGCGGGCGGUGACCUUUCUUUCUCCGCCAGCCGCGCUCUUCCUCACCUCCGCCAAAAAACUAAGAAUCGAAACACAAAAUUACAGUCAGAAACCUAAAUUGCAAAAAUGGUAGAAAGCCGUCGAAAUGAUGAUCUUGAUGCCUUGGAUGAUAUGGAUCAAGGAGAGCAACUAAACACACAAUAUCUGAUUCUAGCUUAGAUUGACAAUACAAGUGGCAGUCAGCCAACUGCAAUUCACCUCUUCUCCCCUUCUCUCCCUUCUCUCGCCGUCGAAACUUCGGCCGACCAAGUAUCGGACAAAAUCAACUUGGAAUCCGUCCUAGUCUCCACCCGCCAAGUAUUGGACAAAAUCAACUUGAGGUGGGCAGCUGCCAACGAGAAGAGUCCAACAACAGUGCCCACAGGACAGUGAGCUCGACGACGACUGGGCAUGGUAAGGAAUUGUUUGUUUAAGGUUUUGGUUAGAAAUUGGGGGUAAAUAUGUCAAUUUAAUGCAUUUUAGGGCGACAAAAUUUAAAUUUUAGGACGACGAUUAGCGGUUCGGAUAAUCACAACUAUUUGAACUAAGAACUAUCGGGUAAAUUGCAAUGUUGGUCACUGUAAUUACUAAAAACGUUUAUGUUUU